AUGAACUCCCGAUCCAACGUUGAACUUCACCAUGAAGGAGAAGAAACUGUAAAACCGUUCCAUCUUUUUAAACUCCCGUACCUUGCCAACCUUCUUGUGAUUGAAUCAAUGGAUAUAGAUGCAAGAUUCCAUCUCCCUUUCGCUUCGAAAAAAACGGAUCGAUUUUUGAAAAAAGCAAGAAAACCAACUGUUCGGGCAGCUAUUAAGCUCAAAAACGACGAAAUACUUUUGGAAUUCAUAAAAGAUGACGCCUGUCUGGUUAUAAAAAAUGACAAGGAGAGUGUUGAAGAAUAUAAAGCAGACUACAAACCACACUACUAUCCAUAUUGUUCAACGGUUGUCAAACUGGCUGCAUCUCAUUUUAAAUACGCUCGUGACGUAUGUUGGUUCGAGGAACUUGAGAUAAAGAUUUGUGACGAGAAAGUUGGCACAGAACAACUUGGGGAGUUUCUCGAUCAUCCUUCAUUCCAACAUUGGACCUGCAUGAUAAUUGAACGUGUUGAUUUGGAAGCAGAGCAGCUUAGUUUGAUUUUGGAUCGAGCGAAUUCGAAUCGAAGUUUGAUGGUGAUGGAAUCACGAGUCCCACUAGAUUUUAAACACCCGAAUGCUUUCAAAUUUAAAGAAAAUGGCUACGAUGAUGCGCGUUGGGUUAGCUUGGAUGACCUGUUAAACAUCAAAAACGUUGAAAAUGUAUCAUUAGGAACAACUACUUUUAUUGAUAACGAUAUAAAAGUUUUUGUAAAUCAUUUGGUGAAAAGUGAUGAAGAUUUAUUUGAAUGGAUAAUGAUUUCGUAUAAAUCAUUGUUACCUGUGGAUCAAUUACUUGAAGGAUUGGUCAUGCUGGAGUAUCCGGUUCCAAACGGAGCCCUUCAUUUUACUCUUGCCAAGCCAAACUCGAGCAAUCGAAAACGUACUCUGCUUGAAUUCAAUUCUAUACCAGACGUUAUAACAAUUUCCACAUUGUUGCCGACGGAAGAUCAUCCGGAAAACAAGAAAUACAAUAACGCCGCAAAGAUUCUGGAGCUGUUGGAAGAGAAAGUCAGACUGAAGGAGAAACUGGUGAAGAAUUAUUCAAAUAAAAACAGACAAGAACUCGCGAUAGUUACAAACAAGUUGAAGGAAUUGAAUGUGAUAAUAGAAAACGGGAAGGCUAGAGUUGAGCAGUGGGAUUGA